GGGUAGUCCUGCAAAAAAAAUAAAAAAAUAUUAAAAAAAGAAACAGAGAACAAGACAGAAUUGAAGAUGAUUUUGUAGCCGUUGGAUCAAUUCUGACAACAACUUUUUGUGAUUGACGCCUCAACCAUUUUUCCCUCCCCCCUCUUAAAUAAAUAAAUAAAUACCCUUUUUCACUACUUCUUUUCUUUCUUGACCAAUUUGCUUUCUUUAGCCUCUUAUUACAAACAAGGGUUUUCUUUACUGCAUUUUCUUGAACACUCUGAUGAAGAAGAUAACAAUGGCGGCAAUGGUGCUUUUUCUUUUUCUGGUUUUGGCAUUUUCUUCUGCUUCUGCUGAUGACGAAGAAGCAUUCAUCGGAGUGAACAUAGGUACGGAUCUCUCCGACAUGCCCCACCCGACCCAAGUGGUCGCCCUCCUCAAAGCCCAACAAAUCCGCCACGUCAGACUCUACAACGCCGACCGAGGCAUGCUCCUCGCCCUAGCCAACACCGGAAUCCGCGUCGCUAUCUCAAUCCCCAAUGACCAAAUCCUCGGCAUCGGCCAGUCGAACUCCACCGCCGCCAAUUGGGUCUCCCAAAACGUCGCCGCUCACUACCCCGCCACCAACAUCACAACAAUAUGCGUCGGUUCUGAGGUCCCCACCUCCCUACCCAAUGUGGGCCCGGUCCUAGUCGCCGCCCUCAAGUACAUCCAAUCCGCCCUCGUGGCGUCGAAUCUCGACCGUCGGAUCAAAGUCUCCACCCCUCUACCCUCCCUCAUGAUCCUCGACUCUUUCCCUCCUUCCCAAGCCUUCUUUAACCGUACGUGGAAUCCCGUUUUAAUCCCGUUGCUAAAAUUCCUCCAAUCCACGAACUCCUACUUAAUGCUGAACGUGUACCCUUACUACGACUACAUGAAAUCUAACGGGGUCAUUCCGUUAGACUACGCACUCUUCAAGCCCUUACUAGCAAAUAAAGAAGCAGUCGACGCGAACACCCUCCUCCACUACACGAACGUGUUCGACGCGUUGAUCGACGCCGCCUACUUCGCGAUGGCGGAUCUAAACAUCACCAACGUACCCGUUUUAGUGACGGAAUCCGGUUGGCCUUCGAAGGGCGAUUCGAAUGAACCCGACGCUAAUAUGGACAACGCGAAUACUUACAACAGCAAUUUGAUCAGGCACGUUUUAAACAAGACGGGCACACCAAAACAUCCUGGUAUUUCUGUCAGUACUUACAUUUACGAGCUGUACAACGAGGAUGCGAAGGCGGGCCCGCUUUCGGAGAAGAAUUGGGGGUUGUUCGACAAGAAUGGGGUUCCGACGUACAUUUUGAGGCUGACUGGAUCGGGGUCGGUUUUGGCUAACGACACCACGAAUCAGACUUUCUGCACUGCUAAAGAAGGGGCAGACGAGAAAAUGGUGCAGGCGGCUUUGGAUUGGGCUUGUGGGCCCGGGAAAGUGGAUUGUUCGUCUUUGUUGCAAGGGCAGGCUUGUUACGAGCCCGACACUGUUGUGGCGCAUGCGACUUACGCUUUCGAUGCUUAUUAUCAUCAGAUGGGGAAGACACCUGGCAGCUGCGAUUUUAAUGGGGUUGCUACUAUUACUACCACGAAUCCGAGUCAUGGUUCGUGCUUAUUUCUUGGAAGUGAUAGGAACGGUACCUUUCUGAACAGCACAAUUCCAGCUACGGAUUCGAAUAGCUCGAGCUCGACUUCUAAGUUCGUCCUAUACAAGAAUGCAUUUUUCGGAGCAAAUAUUGCGAUUAUUUUACUAUGGAUUGCGGUUCUUUUGUAACAUUGCUAAGUUCGGAACUAGCUCGAUUAAGACAACCUUAAAAAAAAGUUUUGGCAAAAAAAAUUUAUGUGUCCUUUAAUUCUCUUCUUUGUCUCGUGCCGACUUUUCGGAAGAAAGAAGGUUUUAUUAGAGGGUUCUUUAGAAGGAAGUUAGGGCAUGUACAGAGAACAAAAUGUGUAAGAAGAUUCUUUUGCAAGUGGGUGAACAUUGAAACGUAAUUUUUGAAUUCUGCCGAUUCCAAUUGAAGAUUUCCGAUUUUGGAAUAACAUUCUUUUCAUUUGGAAUUCGAAAGUUUUGAUUUUUGAAUUU